AAUUUCUCUUCAGACCUGUGAUAAAUGUAAUAUAUUUCUAUUUUCAGAUGAACAGGGUCUCUUCAUAGGUUUCCUAAACUCAUUUGUGCAUGUUAUCAUGUACUCUUACUAUUUGAUAGCAGCACUGGGUCCCCAAUAUCAGAAAUACCUUUGGUGGAAGAAAUAUAUGACAUGGAUUCAACUGACACAAUUUUGCAUAAUGCUGGUAUAUCUGUUCUCCAUUCCAAUGAUGGGCUGCAAACUGUCCAAAUCAGUGACCUUCUUCUUCGCGGGCAACGUUGCUAUAUUCCUAUACCUCUUCGCUGAUUUCUACCGGAAGGCCUACACCAAGAAAAGUAAAAACGCCUCAUCUAUUCCAAAUGGAUGUGUAAAAGCGAGUAAAUUGGAAUAACGAUGGAGAAUUUUAAUUUAUUUUUAACUAAUUUAUAAAUAUUGUACAUACACAGUAAGGAUUGUUGUGACUAUUGUAAGUUUUUUAUUUGUUUAACGUGGUGUAUUCAAAUAAAUACGAUUAAAUUUUAA